GGUCUAACCCACCGGGCUCGAGAGUUGUAUAAACAGCUGUUAGACCUGUAUAAAUAUAUAGCAGUAUGUAGUUAGAAUUACACAAUCUGUAUUAGUCAAAUCUGAAAACACUAUGGAGAGAUUUUACACGUGCAGUUGUUUUUUCAGAGAUAAUAUUUUUCUUGAAGAAUACAAACUUCACGUGCGUUUCGUUUCGGAGAACCAGUUCAGGAAGGACUAUCAAAAUAUCCUCAGAUCCCUGGGUUGUGUGUCUGAAUCUCAGUUCAGAGACGUGCUUGGAAAGAUUCAUGCGGAAAUCGAGAGACGCCAGCAUUAUGAAUUGAAAUCGGCAGAGAGAGCAGCUACCAUCAAGGAGAUUUAUACACCUCUACAUCAACAUGUUUAUUAUUUACAGGAGUCAUUCCUGGCCCCAGAGUUUUUACAGUUGGUAAAAUACUGUACUUCUACUGAUGCAACCAUGGAAGGACUGAUGAAUCUCAUUCAGACAGAGGCAGCACCAAGGGUCUUCCGAUUCCCGGUGUUCCGAAAGGAAUUCUGCAAGGACUUUAUAGAAGAGCUGGAGCAUUUUGAACAGUCUGACGCACCGAAGGGCCGGCCGAACACCAUGAACAAUUAUGGAAUUCUCCUCAGUGAACUGGGCUUUGAUGAGAGUUUCAUCAUCCCACUGAGGGAGGUCUAUCUGCAUCCACUCACGGCUCUGCUCUACAGCGACUGUGGAGGAAGCUGUCUGGACAGUCACAAGGCUUUCGUGGUCAAGUAUGCUAUGCGUGAAGACUUGGACCUUAGCUAUCAUUAUGACAACGCUGAAGUCACUCUCAAUGUAUCACUGGGGAAAGAGUUCACGGAAGGGAACCUGUUCUUUGGAGACAUGAGACAGGUGCCUCUGAGUGAGACGGAGUGUGUGGAGGUGGAGCAUCAUGUAACUGAAGGUCUGCUUCACAGAGGCCAGCACAUGCACGGAGCUCUACCCAUCUCCUCAGGCACACGCUGGAACCUGAUCAUAUGGAUGCGAGCUUCACAUGAGAGGAACAAACUCUGCCCUAUGUGUGGUAAGAGACCCACACUAGUGGAGAGUGACGGAUUCAGUGAUGGCUUCACCAUGGACCCUGACGACACUAGUAGUACAUUGUCAUGUUCUUUAACAUGAUGUUGUUCAAUGCAUAUGGAUGCUGUUCUAAAGAUUUUUGUCUAAUUUAUUGUACUCUGUUUAGUGGGUCAGCAAUCGGUAAAAUGAUGUUGGUGCCUUCUUCAAAAUCAGUACUAAAGGUAUAAGAGUUGAUUUAUGUUUAUGGGUAAUUUUGACUGUAAAUGACCUGAUUAAAUAUCCAAAUGAUUGUAAAUGUAGUGGUUUUAAACCUGCUAUUGAUGUUAGUCAAUGUCUUAUUUUAGGAUGAACUGUUAAUAUAUACAAGGAAUUUGAGAUGUACAUUAAAAUAAAUAAACAGACAAACAAACAAAAAUAAGAAUAAUAAUUGGUAUAUGGCUUAUAUGUACAAAAACAUUAAUUUCAGUAAAUAUUUUUAAUCUGCCACGCCCACCUCAUUUCCUUGACCAAAAUGCAAGUUGCCAGGAAACAGAAUUAUUGCUUAUAGCAAUACUAACAGAAUUAUUAUUUUGUAAAGAACCUUAUAAAAAGUUAUUUUUUUUAUUCCUACAGCGGUUAAAUCUCAUGUUGGCCAAUAUCCAUCAUUUGCAACCUUUCCAUUUACACUUAUUCAUAUACAGAAAAAAACAUCCAACAUACACGGAACACAAGUCACACAAACAUUCUGAAACCUUCGGGCCAAAAUCUGUUUUGUUUGCUAUUUCAGAGCUUGUUCUUUGGUUGUUUCUUUUCCCCAACUUUGAUUUUUGAGUGUUAUAAGCAGGACAACAAAGGGAAAGGAAGGAAAAGCAUGACUGUUCAGAGAAAGGCAACACUACUAGACCCAGAGGUAGCAGUUACAGAGGGAAAAAAAAUCAUAAUUGUUUAUCCCUGUAAUCAUCAUAUCAAAGGUACUUGAAUCUUGAAUAUAAAGUUGACCUAGUUUUCUAAAAUGAAAAUACAAAAAGUUUUCACUGCAUAUAUAUAUAAACUGAUUUUGUCUCAAAUAUAUUCUCAUUUGUAGUAAGAAAAUAAUAUUUCUGCCUUCACAUUAUAUAUGGUGUUAUAUUGAUUCCAAUUAAUAAAAUUUUCUGCAAUUACAGCUGUUUUUUUUUUUUUUACUUAGAAACAAAAAUGAUGUUUAAUGCAUUAAUAGCAUAUCGUUAUGUCUAUCCAUAAAGUGCUGUCUGAUCCGUUCUGUAUAUCAUAAGUGAACAUGAACGUGUGUGUUAGCGACACAGGAUCUUCAAACAAGCUGAGACGGAGCGUGCAAUGUUCCACACUGCAC